AUGGCGAAUACUGUCAGUGACGUCAUAGACAGAAACAGUGGAAAUGACGUCACAGAAUGGUUCCAUGACGACGUUGAUGGUUCCCACUCAGUCGCCGACACAACUUGGUGGUGUUCAGACGUACAUCUGUUGCUGCUGCAAAACUUCACAUUUGUUACUGGUCUGUGUCUACUUGCACAAGUCUACACCUCAUCUCAGUGUCAGAUGAAGAUGUAUCCACAAGAACGACUGAAGAGUAGGAAACUACUCUCCCCCAUACUCGAGGCGAACGAGCGUCAGUCUAACCCUCGAAGUCCAAGAACGCCAGAACUGCAUCAAGAAUUACUUGUUCAGUACAUGGACCUGAAAUCUCAAGUCGGAGAUUUGGAGGAAAGUCUUCUCGAUCACCUUUUCAAUGAAAACCAGAAGCUGAGAGAGGAGAACGAGCGACAGGCCCGACAACUCCGGGAGGAGAACGCCUUAAGGCUGAAAGUUGAGUCGGAGAGACAGGACUAUAGGUUGGAGUAUUUCAACUAUCGCCUCAGUUACACAAUGGCGCAGGCUGAGGUCCAGGAACUGAAGCAGACGCUAGAGGGACUGGCGGGGGACUGGGAGAAGGAGAAGCAGACAGAGAUGGAGCAGAGGAAGAAGCUGGAGGAAGAGCUGGCAGCUCUCCAGCGCCAGACUGCCCCUCUGACCUGUCACACUCCUGCCAAUAAGCGGACCAGUUCCUCCAGCGUCGGUCCUCCAGUUCAACCAAGGAAGGCUCGAAGACCUUACACAGGAAAGUCAAAGGACAAGGUUCCAAGCAAGAUCUCACAUGUGAAGACAGACUUCUCUGCUUCCGGUGACAAUUUGGUGAAGGCCAAGGCCACAGAUAAGAAUGAAAGCAAGUUGAAGGUCUCUUCCAGUGUUAGAUCCAUUCUGAAAGACACCAAGAGAGAACAGGAUGCUGAAAGGAAACCAACCAGAUCCUCCAGGAACCUUUCUGUGAGAUUCACAAAGGAAAUGCCAGUUGGAAAGACCCGUUACGAAAUGUAAUUACGACCCUCGCCACAAGGAACAAACUUCAUAAACUGUUUAAUUGUUGGUUCUUUAAAUU